AACGUGUAGAAGAUCAGCGACAGGGCCACCUACGAGACCAUCGUGCUCAAGAAGAUCCGCCUCCAGUAGGAGGACGAUGGCGUCCCCUCCACCGCCAUCCGCGAGAUCUCCCUCCUCAAGGAGAUGCAGCACAACAACAUCGUCAAGCUGCACGAUGUUGUCCACAGUGAGAAGCGCAUAUGGCUCGUCUUCAAGUACCUAGAUCUGGACCUGAAGAAGUUCAUGGACUCAUGUCCAGAGUUUGCCAAGAGUCCCGCAUUGAUCAAGACUCGAAGGAGGCCGUAUGCAAGGCACCAAGGUGCAUGGUGCUCGCAAGCGACGAACGUAGGCUGUUCGACAUCAGCUACACAAACCACCAUUGAGCUCCAGGUCUAUGAAAUUUGAAGUUUGAAGCCGUAUAGCCCUACUCAGCAAAGAGUUGUCUCUUAUGUUUGAUUGUAAUAGACUGUAAAUAUUGUAACAGUAGGCAUAUUGGGGUUGUAAUAGACUAUCUACAGAUUAUAGUAGACUUAGUGUUACUUGAUGAACUACAUUUGUACUGUUCCGUCUAAAAUAUUGAUUAUGUAUGAUCAAUCUGACGAGUGAGAACAA